AGCAUGAGGAUGGACGUGGAUAUAACGCGACCCGUCAGCAUUACACCAGACAAGGAUGAUCGGAUUACGGAGAAGGGUGGAAGUAUAUUCCGUAUGCUCUUCUACACCCUUGGAGAAGAAACAACUCUGGAAGGUCUAAAUCUGUUUCUACACCGGCACCAGUAUUCUAGCGUGAACUUCACAGACCUGUGGGCAGUACUGGACGAGGUGGCGACUGCGGAGAACAUGACCGUGAACACGGAGAGUUUCAUGGACCCAUGGCUCACACAGAUGCACUUCCCCUUGCUGACGGUGCAGAGGUCAAAGACAGGAUCAGUCCACGUCAAACAGGAGUUGUUUAGGAAAAAUAUGUCCAGCGAAUCGGACAGCGGAUACGCUCCAUAUGGGUACACGUGGGAUAUCCCGAUAACAAUGACAUCGAGUCUGAACGCAGUCUGGAGCACCGCCAACCAAUAUGACGACAUCCUAUGGCUUAAGAAGAGUGAACCUGAAGCAACCUUUUACAACCUGUCAAUUCCUGAUGAGGAUGACCCUGAUGGUUGGAUUCUCGCCAACCCCGACGUCAUCGGCUACUACCGCGUCAACUACGACGACAGAAACUGGCUAGCGCUCCUGGAACAGUUAAAGAGAGACCACACGGUGUUCUCUGCCCAUAGUAGGUCUCAGAUAAUCAGCGACGCUUUUGCCCUCUAUAAAUCCCAGGCACUGGAUGCAAGGAUCGCCCUGCGUUCUCUUGAUUACCUUCAGAGUGAGUUGGAGUAUGUCCCUUGGCUGACUGCUCUCCGUGAGAUAGGUGAACUCGACGCCAUGACAGAUCGGACCCGACUGUACGACGCUUUUCAGCACUACAUGAAGGACCGAUUGCAAGCAGCUUUCCAACACCAUGGGCUGAGGACGAAUGACGAUGAAGUCCCAAUGGCAAUGAUGCAGAGGAAGCAGAUAGCCCAGUGGGCGUGUCUCUACGGACUGGCAGAGUGUUUGGGUGCUGCGUCAGACGCAUUCAUCGCAUGGACAGAAGGGAAGCGGAUACUGUCGGUGGAAGUCAGGGCAACUGUGUACUGUUACGGCGUCAUGAACGGUGGACACCACGCGUGGAACAUGGUCUACAACGCAUCCCUCAACACGGCCUUGUCUCAUAAGCACAAGACGGCGUUAGAUCGGGCACUGGGGUGUGCAAGUGAACCUUCGCUGAUUGAACGGGUGCUGGAACAAUUUCUCCCCGGGACGCCCGACCUGGGCCAGAGAGACGCCAUCUUGUACAGCCUGACCCGAUCUCGCCGUGCCAGGGACGCCGUGUGGACGUACAUUCAGGAGCAUUCAAACACGCGGAAGUAUGACCUACGGCCGCUUCUUGCAGGGGCUAAAUACCUUCAGAAAUCAGAGGCGUUUACACAGCAGUUGUCAGAAAUGUUCCGGAAUGCAACUCACAGCGAUGGAAUACUGAGGGAUGAAGCCAUAAGUUCAAUAAGAAACAACAUGGCUGCCUUCCGCGACCUUGAGUCUGACCUUGAAAUCUGGCUGACGGAGGCUGGAUACUCAACGUAUAUUCUAUAAUUACAAUGUUUGCUGGAGUAAUUUGAAAUACGUAAGAUAGAUCGUUUAUGUGUAACUAGUAACAAAAAGUCCUCUCGAUUUCUUUAGUUUCUGAGUCAUAUUCCAUCCCUGUGAUGACAGCCAGUAAAUAGUCAAGUCUGGGAGGUGAGUGAGUGAGUUUGGUUUUACGCCGCUUUUAUCAAUAUUCCAGCAAUAUCACAGCGCAAAACACCAGAAAUGGGCUUCACACUUUGUACCCAUGUAGGAAUCGAACCUUGGCCUUCGGCGUGACUAGCUACUCCGCCGCCAGUGUGUUAUUUAAAGGUACACGCAUUGACUGUUUUAACCUAAUGAACUGCUUUCCGUUUUUAGUUAAUAAAAUGCCCAA